AUGUCGGGGCUGUCGGCGGGCAGUGACUAUGAAGAUGGCACCGUCGUCCGUCGCGUAAGCGCAGCUGGUCCCGCACCGGCGCUGAAUAUCAACCACGUCGACCUUUUCUCUCCUUCGAAGCUCGAGUCAAUAUUCACAAAAGAUGACAGCAAGCACACAGACACCAACGAGACAUUCUCCUUCAUAGCGCCCUCGCCAACGAAAGCCUCGCCCGUAAAGGCCACAGAGCUUUCUUCGCCCAUCCCUUCAGACCUGUCGCAAGGGACGUCAAUAGCAGUACAUCCCACAAAGAGGCAGUCACUCGGGACUGGAGACUAUCUUUCAGAAGCAAGCCGGGUCAUGACAAUAUUGCGACAAGGGCAAGAACGUAAACGAUCCACAUUGCGGCGGCAUCCAUCCGCGAGUAUCACGCCAUCCGAGAUUUAUGAAGGACCAGAACAUCGCUGGCUGACUCCGACCGAGCCCGAAGAUGUUAGUCUAAAUCUAGACCCGUUGCCUGCUCUGGAUGCAGAUGGGAACGAUAUUGAGAUCAAUACCAGCAAAGAAGAUACAGCCGGGUCAGACGCUGUCGACAAUGCGGCCACACACGAUGAAGUACAGGAAAACACUCAGGCUUCUAUACCAGAAUCGUUACAGAGUGCUUCCCCAACACGACGAGCAAGCGUCAUCCGGUCACCUUCCAAGAGCGUCAACUGGGUCGAGAACAUUAGUUCAUGUUACAACUCCUCGAUCUACGAGUCUGACGAGGCUGAUGCGCAGCCAUAUGGCGAGACAGCGCCUCGCGGUUCAGUGAAGCGUGUUGACUGGGCAGACGGAACACAUGGCACGAUCUCACCUCAUCCACCCAGUCCCACCUGCGAGACGCAGAUCGAAGACCCAGAGCCGUUCCCACGUGUCGCGACGCUGCCAAACACUCCCGAACGAAGAUUUGGCUCGAAAAGAUACAAUCUGUCUCCUUCUGUGUCCAGGCCACUCCGCGAAGUGUCGGCCAACGUUGCGAAACCUCUCGUAACGACGAAAAUGUCAGACAGUGGCUCGCGACAAGUGUCCGAUCAAUACCAACGCAGGUUUUCAGAAUCGCAGAUUAUGCGCUUGCCUCCACGGCCCGCAGCGCCCACACCUCCCAUGUCUCGUCACAAUAGCAUGAUGAUCCGAAGAACUCCACAGAUCCGGGAGAUCAGCAUACUGAACCUCACCCCACUGGCCGACUUCACCGUGCAUGCACGCGAGGAUGAUCACCCGGAAAGAAGCUUCAUCGACGAGCGGGCACACGAGAGAGCCCUGAAGCAAGCACAUGGGACACUGGCACUCUCUAGAGAUGCCCUGGUCCAGGCCAUCACUGAUGUACAGUCUUCUGAGUUGUUCUGGGAACGGAUCAAGUAUCUUCGUCUGGAGAAGAAGGACCUCAAGUGUCUGCAUAGCCUGGACGAAUUCUGUCCUUCACUUGAUCAGCUUUCGUAUCUCCUGGAGCAACUUGCGCAACCUGCAGUACGUCGAUGUUUCGGGCAACUCGAAGCUGGAAAGCCUGGAUGGCUUCAGCGACUUACUCCAUUUGCGGACUCUGAAGGCCAACGACUGCUCCAUCCAAAACAUUCAUGCGUCAUGCAACACAAUGGGCUUCUUGAACUAGAGCUUCGCGGGAACAAGCUUGCUCACAUCGACUUUGCGCAAUCGCAACUCGACCAGCUGAAGAGACUGGACAUAAGUCACAACAACAUAGAGAGGCUGGUGAACCUCAACUUCCUCCGCAAGCUACUGGACCUAGAUGUGUCGUACAAUUCAUUGCGCCAGAUCCUGCCACCGAACCGCAGAGGACCAAAACUACUGACAGAGCUUGGGGUUGGCCACAACAAACUCAAGGUUUUCAAUUUUCAGCAGUUCCCAGCUCUCAAAUGUGCGUUCCUCGACGGCAACGCGAUUGUGCAGAUCAAGGGCCUCUGCAAGGCCAACAAGCUGGAAACAAUUUCAAUCAGGCACCAAAACAGCCAGAACGAUCUCGUGAAUCAAAUCUUGUGUACACCCAACGACUGUCGCUCAUUGGCAUUGUCCGGUAAUCCUGUUGCGGACGGACACCUGGAAUUGCCAGAUUUGCCUCAGCACAGCUUGAUGGAACUAGAGCUCUCGGAAUGCAACAUUUCACAAGUUGGCAUCGGCUUUGGCAGCGUUUUCCCGAAUCUACGCAACCUCAACUUGAACUACAACUCGAUCUCGGAAUUAUCGGAUUUGCAAGGCACGUUCAGACUACGCCGCUUGGUCCUUCUGAGGAAUCGAGUUCGGAGGAUGCGUCGAACCUGCUUGCUGCUGGCUCGUCUGCCAUCUCUGGCGGAGCUCGACCUGCGCGACAACCCCCUCACGAUAGGAUUCCAUCCACCGCCGAAGGGAAAAGACCUCAGCGCGGAUGCUUACGCAAAGGCAGAUGACAAAUGGCGGGCGACUCUGGACGAGAACACAGGAAUGCGACGUCGGUUGACGGAAGUUUUGCUUGCUGAGCACUGUAAAAAUCUGUCACUGCUGGAUGGACUGGUUAUAGAUCGGUCGAAAGUCCUAGAACGCGAAGAAAUCUGGAGGAGAUGUGAAGAGCGAGGUGUCGUGGCCGAAGUACAGCAAGGCUGA